AUGAAGCACGCAGGGCGGACUUCUCGAUGGUCUGCGGACACCACUGCCCGUAACAGCGAUUGUACUGUGGUGAAUGACGACGAUGGCAACGCUUUUCCUACUGCUGUCACGUCUUUCAUGACAUCUGAGCAGCUGGAUAUUCUGGUGGCUCAUCUCCGCAUCCAAGAGAUCGUGCGCAUUUUGCGCCUUCCCGAGUCUUUUAUCACAUUGCCCAGGAUUUUUCUCGAAUCAUCAUCUGAUCCGGAAUACGACUGUAGCGGUCAUCGCACGAAGACCCCGGCUCAACGUUAUCGCCAGGCACUCGAGUCUGAGAGGCAUGGCUUGGUCGAAAGGGCGACUGGCCAGCUUCCCUCGUACCAUCCUCCAAGGGACUAUCGCCGCCCUACCAGAUUCUCUGGACGGGUCCAAGUUCCUGCGAAAGAUUAUCCCAGUGGCAAAUUCGUCGGCCAGAUUCUUGGACCGAGGGGCACCUCGCUCAAGGAGAUGGAGGCGCGUCUUGGCGUCAGGAUAUUUGUCAGGGGCAAAGGCUCGGUCAAAGAAGGCAAAAGCCGCUCCAUUACGAGUGAACCGCUGCAUGUACUCAUCACAGGCAGCACGCAAGGCCAAGUCAAUGAAGGCAAGAAGGCCAUUGAGCAGGUGAUUGACACGGCCAUCUCGAGUCCCGAGGUGAACAACUUCCAGAAGCAGAAGCAGCUUCGAGAACUAGCCAUCAUGAACGGAACAUACCGAGACGACGAAGGACGCCUACGUGGUCCUUCGCGUCUGGUGAAAGCAGCUCCCAACGCCCAACAUUCGGCACCGGAUCUUUCCCGUCACUUUGGUGAUGCUUUUGAGCAGGAAUACCGGCAGCUACGGAAGGAUGUGUCAGCCAACGAAGAGCAGCCACAGGUCCUGGAGAAGCUGCCUCCAUGGAGGGCUGACCGUCUCUGCCAGCGAAGUUAA